AUGCACAGCAACACCGCGCCAACGGGAUCACACCAACUCAAAAUAAUUCAGUAGGUAAACAGUAUUGUGUCCGUCAGGUGCGGCUACAUAACCACAUCUUACCUGGAAAACUAGAAACGGGGUAGGUAGAAGGCGCCUGGGCCUCUCAACCCACGUGAGUUUUAGGUCUAACGAGGGAGCGGUGAAUGUGGAUGUGCCUUUAGCUACCUGGCUGCUGCAUUUUGAAACCCUUAUCGUUGACUUGAUGUUGCUCUGCUCCUGUUAGAUCUAGACUUCUUCCUUCACCUCGAAAACCUUCCACAGCUUUUUUGUGUGGUGUGGCAAGCCACAGUUCACAAAAGAGGUACUUUGCACAUUCAGUUAACGUUACGGUGGCUAGGAUGAUGAUGGCUAUGUCAUCAUUGGGACUGGUGUUUUUCAGGCGGAGGAAGAGUCCUGUGUUAAUGAUAAUGAUGCUGAAGGCACUAUUUUUUACGUAUAGUCUGUAGGAUGAGAGGUGUUGCCAUCCCACUCAUAGUAAUGUAGUGGUGGUGAUGAUGAUGAUGAUGAUGAUGAUGAUGAUGAUGAUGAUGAUGAUGAUGAUGAUGAUGAUGAUGAUGAUGAUGAUGAUGAUGAUGAUGAUGAUGAUGAUGAUGAUGAUGAUGAUGAUGAUGAUGAUGAUGAUGAUGAUGAUGAUGAUGAUGAUAGCUCGGUUCAUCCAGACGGCGGCAGAACCAGAAACCUUGGCCUUGUCCACCUCUACACCGGUAGAGGGGGGAAUUAA